UUAAAAACAAAAACAAAAAUAAAGAACAGCUCAAAUAAUUUUUUAUUUUUAUACAAUGACUCGUAAAUUAUCAAAUAAUCAAAAUAAUCGUGCCCACUAAAUUUAAAUGAAAAUUCUAAAACUAAAAAACAACUGGUACAAAAAUAAAAGUCAACUCAGUUCUCAACUUAGUGCUCAAUUCACUUGUUUGUGUCAAAAUUCUAGGUUAUAAAUACUAUUUACUUUCACAAAAAAAAAUUUAUUUAUAAAUUAUUGGGACCAAAAUUUCCAGUUAAAAAUUCCCAGGACCAAAACUUAAUUAUUUUUCUAUAUAAAAAAAAAAAAUAAUUUACGUGAGUGUUUGAUAAAAUCCAUGCUUUUUAAAUGAAUUUAACCAUAAGUAAAUUGAUCACCAGGUUGGCACUCCGCAAUAAAUUGAUAGAAUUAAAAAUGUCAUCGCAAAUAUCGUUGGACGAUCGCAUGUUGAAGUCAGUACGUAAAAUAGUCCCUUCAUUGACAACAACAAAAUACAAAGGUCAGGAUGGCAGGAUAGGGAUCUUCGGUGGUAGCAUGGAGUACACAGGCGCGCCAUAUUUCGCAGCAAUGAGCGCUUUUCGUACCGGUGCUGACUUGGUUCAUAUAUUUUGUACAAAAGAUGCUGGCACUGCUAUAAAAUCAUUCAGUCCAGAACCAAUCGUUCACCCACUGCUGGAUCACGCUGACGCAAUAAGACAAAUAAAACCAUGGCUAGAUCGUCUGCAUGUUAUAUUAAUCGGACCCGGUCUAGGACGUGAUGAAAAAAUAUUCAAAAUUAUUGCGGAGUUGAUAAGUAUCUGUCGUGAUUUAAAAAAACCCCUGAUCAUUGAUGCUGAUGGACUGUUUCUGCUAUGCCAGAAGCCAGAUUUAAUUCGCGAUUACCCAGGUGUUAUAUUGACCCCCAAUGCUAUGGAGUUCAGUCGUUUAGUCAAAGCAUUUCUUGAUCGAACUGUCCAGCCGGCGCCGGUUGUCAAAAUAUCUGAGCUCAAACAUCUGGCGGAUUCAAUUGGGAAAAAUGUUGUUAUUCUUAAUAAAGGCGCCAAGGAUGUGAUUGUUGAUGGACAGAAAGGUAGUGAGGCUAUUACUUGUGCUACCUCGGGUUCAGGAAGACGUUGUGGUGGUCAAGGUGAUUUAUUAGCUGGUUCGCUGGCUGUUUUUUGGUGGUGGGCAAUCACUGCUGGACCCAGUGAAUGCACUAUUUCGUCACCUGCUAUCACUGCUGCUUAUGCGGCUUCAAGAUUGACGCGAGAGUGCAAUGCGAGUGCUUUUAAAGACAAACAACGUUCUAUGUUGACUACUGAUAUGGUGGAAAAUAUUCAUACGGUCUUUAGUAAACUUUUUGAAAUUAACAACAAAUUUCCUCCAAAUGGAAAAAUUAUUCGGAUGAAAAGUGGAGAUUUAUAAUUUGGAAAAAAAAAUAGAAUCAAGUUUUUUGUAUUUAAUACAUUUUUUAGGUGAUACAAAUAAUAAAAUAUUUUAUAUUUAUGUAAUACACAUAUUUUAUAUUAUAUAUUUUUAAAAAUAAGGAAUACUGGUUCUUUUUAUUUAAGGUCGUGUAGUCUUAUAAAUUAUAAAAUUAUCAAUAUAAUUAAUGAGUAUAUUGACAAAUAAGAGACUCAUUCAAAUAAUUUAUGAGCUCAUUUUUUUUUUUUUUUUUUUUUUUUUUUUUUUUA